AUGAGUGCGGCGACGUUGGUUCAAAAUGACGUCGGGAUGUUACGGGAUACUUAUGAUUCCGGAAGUGGAUAUUACAGCGCCAAGGGAGAGCCGCUGCCGCCGACGACGGAGCUGCCGCGGUACCACGGGAGAGACGGUCUGUUUACGGAAGAUCAUGUGACAGGACGUGGCGAGGCACAGGUAGAAUCCGGAUCGUCCGGCGAGGAUUCAUACAUAGCGGAAGAUGGCGAGGCGGAGACCUACUCCCACGGUAGUGAGGGUGAUGAGGGGGAAGGGAGCGGCAGGUACGCAACCCUGGAGACCGUCAAUUCGGCUUACCUAACCGGCGCUGCUACCGGAAACGUCAAUGACAACGUGUACAGGAACGUUUCGCAAGCGCAGGACGUCAACGUGAUAGAAUUCAAGGAUCACAUAACAGCGAAGCCUUACAACUUAAACGCCAUGUCACAUUUUUAUCCAUCCAUCCCCGGGGACCAUAGCCUCAAUUACCAUGACCCCAACCCACAACACUCAUAUAGGUACGACAAGUAUGACGAGGUGGACGGGACGCCGACGCCGCCUCCCCCGUCCGUCGCCGUACAGCAGCGGGGCAAUCUCGUAUCAGGUUACCAUCCAGUUCCGACGACAGGCCAUGUUGAGCCGCAUUCGCCGUACACGUGUAACUCCAAUGGCGGAAUUUCCGGAAAUACAGACGGCAUCCAUAUGGAGAAACGGACGGAACUUCCACCGCAGGCAUACGCCUACCAAACGGAAAAAGUGGAAAACUGGCAAUACGGAGGUGCGCCGCAGAUGACCCUUGCGCAACAACCGGAAGCGUCCUCAAAGGCCGCGGUUUUUCUGUGUAACAGAGAGCUAUGGUCACGCUUUCACGUACACACGACGGAAAUGAUUGUCACGAAACAGGGCAGGAGGAUGUUUCCCGUCCUGGAGUACUCGUUAACGGGAUUGGUUCCCUCGCGGAUGUACAAUGUGUAUGUUGACAUGGUGCUUGCCGACAACAAUCAUUGGAAGUUCCAAAACGGGCAGUGGAUUGCAGUGGGGGAAGCAGAGCCGUUGCCCAAAACUGGGCGGAUCUACCUCCACCCCGACUCUCCCAACACUGGCGCCCACUGGAUGAAACAGGACAUCAUCUUUAACAAGCUCAAACUGACCAACAAUAAGAGCAACUCAAAUGGACAGAUUGUGUUGAACUCCAUGCACAAGUACCAGCCCCGUAUUAACGUCAUAGAGGUGGGGCCGUGUAAGACUGGGGACCCAAAGACCCUACAGACCCAUUUCUUCCCGGAGACUCAAUUCAUCACCGUAACUGCCUACCAAAACACGGAUAUCACACAGCUCAAAAUCGACCACAAUCCCUUCGCUAAGGGUUUCAGGGACACCCAGGAUGGCAACAUCCAGAUGCCGCGAAACUUCAACUUCCAGCCUCAGUCGACCGCAAUCCAUCCUGAAAUGUACGGCGCUCCCACGUACGGCCGUAUUCCACCACCACAUCCCUCCAUGGCGUUCCCACAGCCACCACUAACGUCAGGUAGCAUCAUUAAAACGGAACCCUCGACGUCCGACAGCUAUUAUCCAAAUGGCGGUUACCCUAUGGUGACUGAGUCCAUGCGCUCGCUCCCUUAUAGUUACCCGCCCAUGAGUUACCCUCUAUACACCACGCCGAUCACAGAGGCGGAGGGCGGCCAGAGCUACGGGGCGCCCGGAGGGGAGGGAUCACCGACGCGCUACAACAACUUCCGGAUGACCCCACCGACAAGCGACCAGUACGAGCAGGCACCGGACCAGUACUGGCAGCAGGCGGAUGAUAAGGACUUUGAAAACGAACAACCUAAUAAGCGAGCACGUUACAGUAGUGACGAUUACGGCUCCUAG